CCUCCCCUUGCAACCAGCACUACGCUACUCCUGCUUCCUUCUCCUUCCCCCAACCCCAGCCAGCACGGCGCGGCGCGGCGGAAAAAUUAAAGCGGCCACGAGCGAAAAGCCAGGCACGCACGCACGACGGGCACGAACUCACACCCCCUCCUCCCAACCUCGCCGUCUCCUCCCACCACUCGGCCACUACUCCUCCUCCUCGCCCGAUCCGCCGCCCAGAUCCGCUAUGCUGCGGCGCCGCCUAGCCUAGUCGCCGCGGGGGGGAAGCGGAAUGGGGCGGCCAAGGCUGCCGGGCGCCGCCGGGAUCGACCCCAUCGCGGAGGAGCCACCUCAUUCCGCAGCCGCCGCGGGGGAUGGCGGCGACGCGGCCGGCCUCGCCUGCGCGAUCUCCGCCGAGGCCAGCGCCGUGCUGGCCGUCAUGCGCCGCAGCCUCCGCCACCCGCGCGCCGCCGCCGACGACGCCGCGGCGGACCACCCGCUCGUCUCCUCCCUCAAGGCGCUGCGCCGCCUCGUCUUCUCCCCCUCCGCCGCCGCCGCGCCCGCGGGCGCGGUGCUGCGGCCCUUCCUCGACGCGGUCCGCUCCGAGGACGCCGGCGCCGCGGUCACCUCGGCGUCGCUGGCCGCGCUCCACGAGGUGAUGGCGCUCAUGGGCCCGUCCCUCACGGGCGCCGCGCUGCGGGAGGUCGUGGACGCCGUCGCCAGCUGCCGGUUCGAGGCCGGGGCCGAGGCCGCCGCCGAGGAGGCCGUGCUGAUGCGGAUGCUGCAGGCGCUGCUCGCCUGCCUGCGCGCACCCGCCGCCCCCGCCCUCGGGGACCAGCACGUCUGCACUGCCGUCAACACGUGCUUCCGUGUCGUCCACCAGGCCGGCGCCAAGGGCGAGCUCCUGCAGCGAUUCUCGUGGCACGCGAUGCACGAGCUCAUCCGAUGUGUCUUCGCCCGCCUCCCGCAGAUUGGGAGUGGUGAUGGGCCUGACGGUUCCGUCAAACCAGAGAUGGGUGGCAUGGAUAAAAACCAUCCUUUUGGGAUUGGACAAAUGGAAAAUGGCAAUGGGAGCUAUGCAUCUGAGGCAGUUACAUCUGAUGAGAAUUCUGCAGAUGGCAGUGGCAUUGUUGUGGAGCCUUACGGGAUCCCAUGCAUGGUGGAGAUUUUUCAUUUCCUCUGCUCCCUCCUCAAUGUUGUCGAGCAAAUUGGAGUUGAUGAAGAUCUGCCAUUGUUUGCUCUGAAGUUGAUCAAUUCAGCAAUUGAGCUUGGUGGAUCUUCAAUUCGUAAGCACCCAAAAUUGCUGUCAUUAGUUCAAGAUGAGCUUUUCCGAAACCUAAUGCAGUUUGGGUUGUCCAUGAGCCCACUUAUCCUUUCAAUGGUGUGCAGCAUUGUGCUAAAUCUUUAUCAUCAUCUCCGGACUGAGCUCAAAUUGCAGCUUGAGGCAUUCUUUUCUUGUAUAAUCCUAAGGCUUGCACAACCCCGAUUCGGAGCAACAUAUCAUCAGCAGGAGGUUGCAAUGGAAGCUCUUGUUGAUUUUUGUCGACAAAAGAAUUUCAUGGUGGAGAUGUAUGCCAAUCUGGACUGUGACAUAACCUGCAGGAAUAUUUUUGAGGAACUUGCAAAUCUUCUGUCAAAGAGUGCAUUUCCUAUUAACUGCCCAUUGUCUUCCAUGCACAUUCUUGCUCUGGAAGGUCUGAUCUCUGUGAUCCAAGGGAUGGCUGAUCGGAUUGGGAAUGCUACUUCACGCCCUGAGCUCCUGCCUGUGGAGCUUGAUGAAUACACUCCCUUCUGGACUGUUAAGUGUGAGAAUUUUUCAGAUCCUCAGCAUUGGGUGAAGUUUGUCCGUCAAAGAAAGUAUGUCAAAAGAAGACUAAUGAUUGGUGCUGAUCACUUCAACAGAGACCCAAAGAAGGGUCUGGAAUUUCUUCAAGGCACUCAUUUGUUGCCUGAGAAGCUUGAUCCCCAAAGUGUGGCUUGUUUUUUCCGCUAUACAGCUGGUUUGGACAAGAAUCUUGUAGGAGACUUUCUAGGCAAUCAUGAUGAGUUUUGUGUUCAGGUGCUUCAUGAGUUUGCUCAAACCUUUGACUUCCAGGAGAUGAACCUUGAUACAGCUCUGAGACUAUUUUUGGAGACAUUUCGUCUGCCUGGAGAAUCUCAGAAGAUACAGAGGGUUCUUGAGGCUUUCUCAGACAGAUACUAUGAGCAGUCCCCACAGGCUUUCGCAAACAAGGACACUGCUUUAGUGCUUGCUUACUCAAUUAUAAUGCUGAACACUGAUCAGCAUAACAUGCAAGUAAAGAAGAAAAUGACUGAGGAGGACUUCAUCAAGAACAACAGGAACAUAAAUGGGGGUAGUGACCUUCCGCGUGAGAUGCUGUCUGAACUAUACCACUCCAUAUGCCGAAAUGAGAUUAAGACCACACCAGAGCAGGGUAUGGGAUAUUUUGAAAUGUCUCCCAGCCGCUGGAUAGAUUUAAUGCGGAAGUCGAAGUCAACAUCUCUGUAUAUAGUUGGUGAUUCUCAGCCCUUUCUGGAUCAUGAUAUGUUUGCUAUCAUGUCUGGUCCUACUAUUGCUGCCAUUGCAGUGGUGUUUGAUCAUUCGGAACAUGAAGAAGUUCUGUUGGCCUGUGUGGAUGGCUUCUUGGGUGUCGCAAAAAUCUCAGCAUUUCAUCAUCUUGAAGAUGUUUUGGAUGAUCUUGUCGUUUCUCUCUGCAAAUUCACCACUCUUUUAAACACCUCUUUGGUUGAGGAACCAGUUACUGCCUUUGGGGAUGACCUGAAGGCUAGAUUGGCAACUGAGACAUUGUUUACCAUAGCUAAUAGAUAUGGGGACUACAUACGUACUGGCUGGAGGAAUGUUUUGGAUUGCAUAUUGAGGCUGCAUAAGUUAGGCCUUCUUCCUGCCCGUGUUGCUAGUGAUGCAGCUGAUGAUUCAGAAGUUUCUGCUGAAACUGUCCAAGGAAAGCCUACUCAUAGCUCAAUUUCCACAUCUCAUAUUCCAGUUAUGGGUACGCCUCGGAAAUCCUCUGGACUUAUGGGGAGAUUUAGUCAGCUGCUGUCACUUGACAGCGAAGAACCAAGGUCACAGCCCACUGAGCAGCAACUUGCUGCCCAUCAGAGAACUCUACAGACGAUUCAGAAAUGCCGAAUAGAUAGUAUAUUUACAGAGAGCAAAUUCUUGCAACCUGAUUCACUAUUACAACUUGCUAGGGCACUGAUUUGGGCUGCAGGACGACCUCAAAAGGUUGCCAGCUCACCAGAUGAUGAGGACACAGCUGUAUUCUGUCUGGAACUGCUAAUCGCAAUUACGCUUAACAACCGAGACCGAAUUGUGCUUCUCUGGCAAGGAGUUUAUGAGCAUAUUGCCAACAUAGUUCAGUCAACAGUUAUGCCAUGUGCUCUUGUGGAGAAAGCUAUUUUUGGACUUCUGCGCAUAUGCCAGAGGUUAUUACCAUAUAAAGAGAACCUUGCGGAUGAGCUGCUGAGGUCAUUGCAAUUAGUUCUCAAGCUGGAUGCGCGUGUAGCAGAUGCAUACUGUGAAAACAUCACUCAGGAGGUUGCACGCCUUGUCAAAGCAAAUGCUGGACACGUAAAAUCACAAAUGGGCUGGAGAACUGUAGUGUUACUGCUCUCCAUUACAGCUCGACACCCUGAUGCUUCAGAAGUAGGCUUUGAGGCUAUCAUGUAUAUCAUGUCCGAGGGUGCUCACCUUUCACUAUCAAAUUAUGCUUUCUGUAUCGAAGCGUCACGGCAGUUUGCUGAAUCCAGGGUUGGUCUAAUUGACAGAUCCAUUCGUGCCCUGGAUCUGAUGGCUGAUUCAGCCAAUAGUCUUGCCCGAUGGUCACAAGAGACAAAAGGGACAGGCGAGGAAACUGACAAAGUGUUGGAAGCAAUCAGGGAGAUGUGGCUCAAAUUGCUGCAAGCACUGAAAAAGUUGAGUUUGGAUCAGAGAGAGGAGGUGAGAAAUCACGCGCUAACUUCGCUUCAGCGAUGCCUAACAGCAACAGAAGGGGUGUGCCUUCAGAGCUCCACAUGGUCACAUGCUUUCGAUCUCGUCAUAUUCGCGCUGCUGGAUGACUUACUAGAGAUCAGCCAGAAUCACUCGCAGAAGGACUACAGGAACAUGGAAGGAUCCCUUGUGCUCGCCAUGAAACUAGUCGCGAAGGUCUAUCUGCAACUACUGCCAGAUCUUUUUGGGCUAAGCAGCUUCUGCAAGUUGUGGCUAGGAGUCCUCAGCCGGAUGGAGAAGUACAUCAAGAUCAAGGUCCGUGGCAAGCGCAGCGACAAGCUGCAAGAGCUGAUCCCUGAGCUGCUCAAGAACAUUCUAAUUGCGAUGAAGAACAGGGGGAUCCUCGCAAAGAGGAGCACCAUUGGGGGCGACAGCUUGUGGGAGUUGACAUGGCUUCAUGCGAAUAACAUCUCGACGAGUUUGCAGUCUGAUGUUUUCCCAAGCCAGGAGUAUGAGCAGCACAGCAGUGCCGGUAGCCCGAGAGGACCCAACGGCGUUGAGUCCCGGGACUAGAAAGUUCAGAAGUUCAGGUGGUGAUGGCUGGUUGAUGGUUCGGCGUGCCGUGGAGUGUGCAAGUUUAGUUAUUAUGUUACUAGGUUUACCAAUUGCUUGCUUUCUUAUCCACUGAAACGUAAGGUUUUGAUAUUGUAAUUGCAAUGCGUGCCCCCAUUGUAAGUUGAUCUUGUAAGUUUUGUAGUAGUAUUCUGGCGAGCUCGCGGACCAGUUUUUACA